UGGUCCGCCGCUCAUCCUCUGCUCUCUCUCUCUCUCUCUCUCUAUGGCGAUUGCGAUUGCUGGCCAGAUCUCUCACCAGAUCUGUAAGGAUUUCACCAGAUCGAUGAUGGUGGUCUCAUUUAGGGCUUUUGCUCAGUUGGUAUUUGAUAUAUAUAAUACGAAUGUAUGAACUUCUUCAAGACGACCACAACAAGCAGGUCAUCACCUAAGUUCAGCACAUAAACAGGGUUUGCUGCGUUAAGGGAUGGCCAAUCACAUGAUCUUUGGUGGACCUCUCGUGAAAACUGAGACAGCCGAAGAAGCUGAUGAACUUAUGAGAGUAGAUGAAAAGGCAUCUGAAGUUGAGGCAGAAGUUCUUUCAGCCCCUCCAAAGUUAGUUUACAGUAAAUUAAUCUUGCGCUUCACUAGAAAGCUAUUGGUGGCUGUAGCAGACAAGUGGGAUAGUCAUGUUCUGGUCAUGGACAAAGUUGCUCCACAAAACUGGAAGAUGUUCAAGCAAAGAAAUGUCAGACGGAACAAGCACGCCCGUGGUCACGUCAAGUUCAUUCGCUGUUCGAAUUGUGGAAAAUGUUGCCCCAAGGUCUCGCAACGUCGGUGCUUGUGUUGUUACUUUCACUGUUGGUGGACUUGGUGUUCUCAAUGCUAUUGCGGGUGCUUACAGAUUCUUCAUCAUACUAUCGAAUUGCCAGAUUUGAGCCAGGAGCUUCGUUGUUUCCAGACUGUUACUUGUUAUCAGAUUCGUUUUUUUUGUUCCAGGUGUUGGAGAAGAAAGAUGCUGCCUCUUUGUCUGCAAGCAUUUUCCAGGAGAAAUGAAACCGCACGAAAGCUGGCUAUGGAAUUCUUGCAAAACGGGUUAUAGAGACGAUGCCUUGAUAUCUCCUUCAGCAUCUCUUUUACUCUUUGAAUAACAAACCACUAACAUAUUCUUUAACAUGACCCGGUGUCACUACUUCAACUUUAAAGAAGCCAGGGAAAACAAGUAAUCCCAAUUCUGAAGAUGAAUCAAAUUUUGGUGGCAAAAAUAGACAUCGGGUUGUAAAAGAAACCGAUUCAGUUUCAGCAGCCCCAAAAGCUCAUCCAACAGGCGGAUUCAAGCCGACAUUGAGCAAACACAAGCACUUGUUAAGAAACUUGACCUUGAGAAAGGGAUAGAGGAUAAUAUUUUAUCCAGGGCUGAUAAUGAAAGAACACACAGGGAUAAGUCUCAUGGUGGGUCCAGCUGUAAUUAUACUUGGGGUCAUCAUCCGUCAAAGGUGUUGAGUUACUCGAUACACUCAUUACUUACCUCUGGCGGGUUAACGACUUAAUGCCUGAAAAAAGUGACACUAUGGGUCUCUGCUAUGUGAGGGCAGAAUCUUAAAAUUCUGAUGCGGAAAACAAUGGGAGUGAGUG